AUGGUCCGUUACGCUAAUCAGGACAUUCCGGCCGCAAAGAGCGCCCGCGCCCGGGGCUCUUACCUGCGUGUCUCCUUCAAGAACACCCGCGAGACCGCUCAGGCCAUCAACGGCAUGAAGCUCCAGCGCGCUCUUACCUUCCUCGAGAACGUCACCAACAAGGCCGAGGCCGUUCCCUUCCGGAGGUUCGCUAGCAGCACUGGCCGCACCGCCCAGGCUAAGCAGUGGGGUGUCGCCCGUGCCCGCUGGCCCGUCAAGUCCGCCGAGUUCCUCAUCGAUCUCCUCAAGAACGCUGAGUCCAACGCCGACACCAAGGGUCUCGACACCGGCAACCUUGUCGUCAAGCACAUCCAGGUCAACCAGGCUCCCAAGGGCCGCAGACGUACCUACCGUGCUCACGGUCGUAUCAACCCCUACAUGACCAACCCCUGCCACAUCGAGCUCAUCCUGACCGAGGGUGAGGAGGUCGUCCAGAAGGCUUCCGUUGUCGAGCGCAAGGAGCGCCUCAGCUCCCGGCAGCGUGGCGCUCAGAUCCGCCGUGCCAUCACCGAGGCAUAA